AGGGACGGAGGGACGGAGGGACGGACUCUCACCUGUUUCUGACCUUGCUGUCUCUCAUCACCUGGACAUGACCUGCACUCAGAAGCCUAAUUAACAGCGGGACUCCUGGAGCUACAGGGCAGAACCAGACAGACGCAGUGUAAGCCAGGGUAAAGAUGGAGCAGUACCUGGUAAAAGGUUCUGAAGCUCCACCCCUAAUUAACUCCACCCACUCCAACUCAUCCACUCAGGAAGCAGAGAUGGGCAUCACGGUGGCGACAGAGCGGCUGGCGGUGGCAUCACUGCUGGGUUUGCUGGCGUUAUCGACGGCUGUAAUGAACGCCGCUGUCAUCUCUGCCAUCUUGACCACCAGGAAGCUCCGCCUCCCCGCCAACUACCUCAUCUGCUCGCUGGCUGUCACCGACUUCCUGGUUGCGGUGCUGGUGAUGCCGCUGAGCAUCCUGUACAUCGCCAUGACGACAUGGAGCCUGGGUCGCGUGGUGUGUGAGGUCUGGCUAAGCGUGGACAUGACCUGCUGCACCUGCUCCAUCCUGCACCUGUGUGUCAUUGCACUCGACCGCUACUGGGCCAUCACCAAGGCGGUGGAGUACACGCACAAGAGGACACCACGUCGUGCUCUUACCAUGGUCACCAGCGUCUGGGCGGCCUCUAUAUUAAUCUCAGCCCCGCCCCUUUUCUGGCGUCGGCGACUCGAUGACGUUCACGAGUGUGCGAUUGAACACGACCAGCUGGGCUACAGCAUCUACUCCACCUUUGGAGCCUUCUACAUCCCCAUGACCCUGAUCCUCAUCCUGUAUUAUCGCAUUUACAGUGCGGCGAAGUCCCUCUAUCAGAAACGAGGCUCCUCGCGCCAUCUCAGUGACUCGCUGAACCACUUCCGGGGUGAUAUAUCAAACUCUGACCCUGGUGUGGAGCUGGAGAAGCUCAACAGCCCUGACGAGAGGAACCAGAUGUGCAGCUCACGCGAGAGGAAGGCCGCACGGAUCCUCGGCCUUAUCCUCGGUGCUUUCAUUAUCUGCUGGCUGCCUUUCUUCAUCAAAGAGCUCCUGAUGGCGCUAAAGGUCCUGCAGCCCUCUCCAUACGUGUCCGAUCUCCUCACAUGGCUCGGAUACAUGAACUCGCUAAUUAACCCGCUGCUCUACACCAGCUUCAAUGACGACUUCAAACAGGCUUUCAAGAAGCUCCUGAAGUGCAAGGACCAGACAUAGAGUCGUGGAGAUGUCAACUCGGUGCUCCAGUCCUGCUCCUCUUGAUCGAAGCUCGUUGGCUACUUUAGGCUUGUGACGUGCGUUAGGGAAGUGAGGUGACUUCUCAGAGCACUUCCCGAGCACGAGCGCAUUGCCUCAGUGGCUACGUCCCAAAAACCGUCACUUACACGUAUGACUGACAGCAGACACUACACUGCGUUAUACACAGGUACUGUUAGCAGACUAGCUAUUUACUUAGCUAGCUAGCUAUCUGAUAGCAUCCACAGUGGAACCACAGC